AUGGCGGCCCACUUUCAAGUAGGCUGGAUGACCAUAUUGCUUGCCGGCUGCACUUCCUCCAACAGUCUCACUAAUGUGUACCUACUCUCCGUCUCCUACCUAAAUACGACUACCUUGACCGCCGACCCUGCGCAAGUCAAUUCGAAUAUUUCAAACACAUUUUCCGGUCUUACCGGUGCCGGAAUAUGGCUCUGCUCUAGCAGCGCGACUACCCUGGCGAAUCUAUUGAAGUCUCAAACUGUGGGUGCUAGUCUGUUUGAAGGUAGUGUUGGGGAUCCCUUAAAUUUAAUUUGGAUCGCUGGGAAGUUCAAGGAGGAGAUAGUUUUUGACGGUUUGGUAUUUACUGCCGUUCCUCUGGUAUUCAUAACAAUACUUCUCCUAGCAACUUUCCCCGGUUGGCACGAAGAAGGGGAUGCUGAGGGCAGCGAGCGAGAAGCCAAACCCUUCCCAUCGCGGCCAGUAUCACAGCUUGCGUUGGGACUAAUUACCUUGGCUUCACUGUUUGCGUUUGUGUCAUCAUUAUGGCAACACAUUGUGUUGGUAUCGCAGGUCGGAAUUCAACCCAUAUUCCAACACAUUGCAACAUCGGCCGCCGCCAGUAUGAUCCGAAGUCUAUCGUACGGAACAGUGAGGGGACAUGUUGGCCCAGCGGCUAUGGCACUGGGCUGGGUUGGCGUAUUCUUCUCAAUAGUGGUCACAAUUGGGCUGCUGAUCAUGGUCUUGUCCAUCAGAGUCCUAGCUGAGACCUUUGCCGAAGGGAGUUAA